GCAGUAUUCAUCGCAUUAUAAUUUAAUACCAUCUGAAGAAAAAACAAUGUCAAAUUUCAGCUUUUUCGGGUUUCAAUAUGGCACUCCAAGAAAGCCUCCAAACAAACCAGCUCCCCAAAUGAGUAAUAUCUCCAAAGAAAGAUCGAAAAGGUAUAGUUUUUCAAGGCCUUCAUCCCAACCAAAAGUGGAGGAAGUAAGGUACGUGUUCGAUAAAUUCGACACGAACAAAGACGGUAGGAUCAGCAGGGAGGAGUAUAAGUCGGCUCUCAAGACCCUGGACAAAGACAUUGCAGAGGAUGAGAUUGCCAAGACAUUCAAAGCCCUUGACUCUGAUGGGGAUGGCUUCGUUGGGUUCACGGAGUUUGUGGAAAUGUUCAACAUGGGAAAUGAUGAGGCGAGAAAGGCGGACAUCGAAAGUGCGUUUCGAGUGUUCGAUUUGGAUGGGAAUGGGAAAAUAAGUGCAGAGGAGUUGUCCUUGGUGUUGAAGAAGUUGGGAGAGAAUUGCAGCCUUGGGGCUUGUAGGAAUAUGGUGAAAGGUGUGGACUCUGAUGGUGAUGGUUUAAUCGACAUGAAUGACUUUACCAAGAUGAUGGGAGGCUUCAAAACACCAACUGCUUAAAGAUAUCAUAUAUAUAUAUAUAUAUAUAUAUAUAUGUGUUUGCUUCUGUACUUCAAUAAACUAUAUAAGCUGGAUGUCUGCCUUUGCUUCUAACAUUACAAUUUGCAAACACUAAAAUAAAUACAUCUUUUCUCUUUUGGAGCAUGUCUGACUAAUAAAACUAAUGAAUUUUAGUGACCUCAUCACAGUAUGCAAGGAAAACCAAAAGUUUCCUCGUAUAUAGGCCAACUUAAAAGUUUUUGUGCUCCUAAUUUAUAAGGCCCUCUGAGGUUGUCCUACUUGCCUAAAUCAGUAUUUGAUAUAAAAUAGACCUAAUUAGAUAAAUAGUUAUUGUGGUGAUAAGAUAAUAAAAGAUAGGCCCCAUGAUAAAAAAAAAAAUUAGGAUAUAUACUCUUAGAGUAGAAUCCGUUAACAAAUUUAGGCCAAAAAUAAUCUUUCCGUUAACAAUCCGUUAGGCAAGGUGUAAAACUGUACUUCCCUCUUCUUCCUCCUCCUCUGCGUCUACAGUUCAUUUCAUAUUAACAAGUCUUCGUCAUGAUCAAAACAAACAAAAAAACAAUUCUUCGUCAAGAAAACAAUUGAACUUCUGAUAAUCCUUAUCAGACGUACCAUUGAGAAUACAAUUGAAUUGUUCAUCAAUGACAUGAACCCGGUUUGUAUAGUGGGUACGAAUCGUGCCUUACCAUAUCACAAUUUCAUGGCUUUAUUUUUAUAACAGGGAAGCAGUUAAAUUCUUCUCCACACCCUUCACUGCAACACUCUUGUCCUCCAACCCCGAUUUCGGUACCAAUUCGGAGCUUCCAUUCCCGGCCGCCACCGGCGUUUUUGGGCGGUGAUUCCCUUCUGAUUGGCCGUAAAAGCUGUCGAAUUAUCAGAGUUGUGGGUGCUGUCCCUCUGAUUUUUCAAAAGGGUUGUCGGUUCGGGUGGAGUAGUACUAUACAUGGGUAUGAUUAGAGGUUUUGGCUGAACGUUUGAGGUCUGAUUCGGGUUCAAAAUUGUGGGUUGUGUUUGGUUUGCCAAAACAGGCGGUUGUUUAUUCAGUGGCAGAGAGAGGAGGAAGAAGGUGCUCAAUUCAAAGUAAAUUUUUACCCUUGGAUUUAACGGAUAAUUAAUAGAAAAAUCAUUUUUGGAUUAAAUUUGUAAAUGGAUUCUACUAUGAGGGUUUAAAUCCUAGUUUUUUUUACCACAAGACUAUCUUUCAAACUACCUUAUCAUCACGAGAACCGUUUAUCCGAUUAGGCUUAUAAAAUAUCAUAACUUUGACAAGUGUUUGUGCUUGCUUUGCCAGUUUUCAUGUUUAAAGUAUGAUCGAUCAUCUUAUGAAUAAAUCAAUUAAAAAAGAGGACGUUGUAAAAUAGCUUAACUAUAUGGCAUCUUAUGGAAGUCAAAAUAUAAAAAAAUGAUGAGAUUGUUGUGGAACAGUGGAUGUCCACUCAAAUAAAUUAAAUAAUGGGCAAGUUGUCAUUCCACUGUUUACCGAAGCUUGCUUUCUACGACUCCUAUUUUCUAUAUAAAUACAAACUCCACACAACAUUAAAGGAAGAAAUUCACGGAAGAGGAAGAGAGAAAAGAGAGGAAUAGGAGAAGAGAUAAUAGAGAGAGUUAUUUUUGUACUCCUAUUAUUCUAAAGUAUAAUGAAAACACCACUACUGCCCCGAGGAUGUACUCCAGUCACACUGACUGUAGAGGAACCUCAUAAAUUUUAUGGCUUGUUUAUUUAUUCCACUGCACCCAUCGUCGAUUUUACAACACGUUAUCAGCACGAAAAACUCUUGUGUCAGUGGAAAGCACAACGCCACAAAUCAGGUUCAUCUCCGUCAGCUAAAAUCUCCUAGAUAAGAAAAUCUUUCAUUUCAUCUUCAAAUUUUAUGUACUACUGAUUUUCUUGAAACAAUUAUAUAUCUUA